UCGAAGCGGCUGCUGGCUGGAGUGCUUGGCUGUGUCUGAGCCGCUCCUGUCACUCCCAGCUAAAGCUUCUUCAAUAAAUUGUGCCGACCGUAGUUUCUCCUUCUUAGCUCACUACCAGUCGCGGAAUUAAACUGACUGAAUGUUCUUCCUGUGAUUCAACCAGGAAACUGGGUCCUCUUCCUGGCUAACAAACCUGCACAUUACUGCCUGGAGUGUGUGGGAAGCACCAUGUGGAGGAAGGCUUCGGUAGCGCUCCUGCUGGCUUUGGCCGUCGGCUACUUCUACGGCGGCAGGCCGGAGCUGCCGGAGCAGAUCCUCCAGUACAUCGGCCUGCCCAACCUCCAGACGCCGUCGCCGAGCAACGAGGGCCUGGAGCGGGCCAUCUCCGCUGCCUGGGAGGCUCUGAUCGCUCUGCCGAGCAGGCAGUGGAGCAAGGUGGCAGUAGGGGUGAACGCCUGCGUCGACGUGGUCGUCAGCGGCGUGGGGCUGCUGCAGGCUCUGGCUGUGGAUCCCGGCGCCGGCCGGGAUCACGCAGUCCUGCGCUCGAAGGACGACCUGAGGGAAACCUUUGUCCACUACAUGGAGCGCGGCGCAGCGGCAGAGCGAUUCUUCAGCGACAAAGAAGUGUUUCAGAGAAUCGCUCGCGCAGCAGCAGAGUACCCCGGCGCGAAGCUGUACGUUGGAGGAAAUGCUGCCCUCAUUGGUCAGAAAUUUGCCACCUACCCGGAUCUGAUGGUUUUGUUGUGUGGGCCGGUCGGCCCUAAACUCCACGAGAUGCUGGAUGAGCAGAUCGUCGUUCCUCCAGAGUCCCUUCAGGAGACGGAUGAGUUUCACCUCAUCCUGGAGUACAAAGCAGGUGAACAGUGGGGCUCCACUCGGGCGCCACAAGCGAACCGCUUCAUCUUCUCUCACGACGUGUCCAACGGGGAGAUGAGCUCCCUGGAGACCUUUGUGGCGAGCCUGGAGGAGUUCCAGCCGGAGCUGGUCGUCCUGUCAGGGUUCCACAUGAUGGAGGGCCAGGGCAGGGAGCUGUGGGGGGAGCGACUGAAAGAGGCUGUAGCAGCCAUAGCUGAUAUCCCAAGGGGCAUUCCCAUCCACCUGGAGCUGGCCAGCAUGACCGACAAAGACUUCAUGAGCCGGAUCAUGCAGGAGCAGGUCUUGCCCAUCGUCAGCUCCGUCGGCCUGAACGAGCAGGAGCUGCUCUUCCUGUCGCAGGCCGGGGACGGCCCGCACGCCGCUCUGCCCGCGUGGAAGGGCGUCCCCGACGUGGGGCGGGUCGGCGACAUCCUCUACUGGGUCCUGGAGCGGCACGGCCGCACCGAUCCGUCAUCGGAGUCCGACCUCACCCGCAUCCACUUCCACACUCUGGCCUAUCACAUUUUAGUCACAGUGGACGGCUACUGGGGGAACCAGGCGGCGGCGGUGAUGGCGGGAGCCCGGGUGGCCAGCAGCCAGGCCUGCGGCCUGCGGACCGUGGACGUCAGCAAGGUGGAGCUCAAGGCGCCGCUGGAGUUCCUCACCUCUCACUUAGAGCCGCGGGAGCGGCUGUCGCUGAAGCCGGAGGAGCCCGUUGCUGUGUGGCGGCGAGGGAACAUCACCUUCCACCUGACGCCUGUGCUGGUCUGCAAGAGACCCCUCCGGACAGUGGGGCUGGGCGACGCCAUCUCUGCGGAGGGACUAGUUUACUCCGAAUUAACGAGGCAGCAUCCGUUUUAGAGGCUCGACCACGCUAAUGCUAACAGGAGGAGCUAAAUACAACCGGGAAACUCUCUCACCUCAGAGCCAGAUUAGUGUCCCAAUUCAGGUUCCUUUUUCCCCAAAGAUCUGUUCUGUUUAAUUGAUCAGUGUGAAAUCCUCCCUGAUUAUGAUGAUGAUGAUGAUGAUGAUGAUGAUGAUGUCGUCCCCCGACCUCCUUAAAGAGGCAGGCAGAACUGGAUCUCUAUGAGCCGCCACACAGCCGGACUCGACGCACUGUGCACCGCUCCAAGCCAUCUCCCCAAACUCCAAAGAGUUUAACCGUCACAACUAUGUUUUCUUUCACCUGCAUAUCCUCUAGUAUGCUGUGCCUUCAAUAUUAUUAAAUCCUUUAUUCAUAUUUUAUAGGAAAACGGUAUGAAACUCUAGGUUAGCGUUGCCUUUUUGACAGAGGUACUGCGUAAACUUGAAACUUUGUGGUGGAAAUCCAAUUGAGAAAUCCUUUUGGGUGCGUUCACAUCUAACGUUUACUUGAACGUUCGUCUUAUUCUGGUCAUCAACCAUUUCUGAGUGCUUGACUUCAACCAGUCUGACCAACUAGAUCGUUUUUCUAAUGGUUAGAUUAUAACAGGGUUCCUUUACGGUCUGGAAAAUUUUGAAAACGUAUAAAAUGUGCAAAUUUUCCAAGUGUAGAUAAUAAGGGAACAUUUUCUCUUCCAUGCUUUAUUCCUUGUUCUCUUACAGCUAAAGUAUGCAACUUUAAAAAAUAAAUAAAUAAGUGUUUUACAUAUUUGUUAAAACUGUCACCAUGUGGUGACACUGUAAUAUGAGAUGGAUAAUAUAUGGAAAAAAAUUAUCUCCUGCCUGAGCUUUUAUUGUGAUCUGUAGAAAUGCACGACUCCCGUUCAAAAAUAACCAAUCAGAGCCAGAAGGAGGGUCUUAGCGCUGUUAAUCAAGCCUAUGUAUUUGCCGAAUAUUCACUAAAUGGUGUAGAAACAACUUAUCUCCUGUCACAGCAGGCUGCUAACCAAUCCUAACCAGCACGAGCAUUCAUAACAGGCUAGCUGAAGCAUAGCAGGUUAGCAUGUGGCAAUGAACACAAGGAGGAUGAUUGACAUUUCUAAGACCCGCCUCCUGGCUCUGAUUGGUUGUUUCUGAUUAGCACUGGAAGGAGGCAGAGGAGCUUGACAGUUUAAA